UUGGCGGAUUCGAGCAGCAACAAUGGGACAAGCCGUCGGACGUUUGCCAAACACAUGGGAUCAUUUGUUGCAGGAAAAAGAUCGUGUGUUAUAUUGGAGCGGCGAGGUAAUAGCGCGAGUAGCUGAUAACGUUAACGAAGAACUAUCGUUCAUGAUUGAUUACGGAGAGGAAACUAUAGACGAGAAGGUCGCGUCGUGGAUACAAAGGAAUCGAUCGAGAGUCAAUAGAACACUCAAUAAGUAUCCAAACAUGGAGUUAGAAUAUAGAACAAGAGUACAAAUUGAACUUGCUAAGAUAAAAGAAGAGUUUAGAUUUCGAAUGAGAAGGGACUAUUGGCAAGCUUAUAAGGACAUAAGAGAGUUCACAAAGAAAGUGGAUAAGUUAGGAAAAAGACAACGAAAGCUACACGGCAAACUUCAUGAAUUGGAAACAAUUUAUGAUGGAGACAUAAAACAGUUUCAAAAAAAAUUAGGCCUCUUACGGCUGAAGACGUUUCAAAACCUAAGAACAGGUGAAACCAUGAUGUUAAAGGAUAAAAGACUUAAAACGGAUUUCACCAAAAGGGUGUGCGAAAUUGAUCUCAAGAACCUGCAAGACUGCUUCAAAUGCAUUGAUAAAUUAAUUAAAAAUAUUGAGGACACUAUGCGGGAUUGAUGACGCAAGCGGAAAAGCUGCAGUGAUUAUAUCUGCAAAUAAUUUAAAGGCAGCCAUUUCCAAAGCGUAAGUUGCACAAAUACCUCCGGACACACCGUUACGAAAUAUGACUGAGG